UCUUUUUCUCACUCGCUUGCUGCCUCUCGGAAAGCGGCGAAAGUGCUUCAGCGGUUUGCCGCUCCGCAGCUUCGGUUUUCGUAGUCCGGCCCCAUUUUAACCCCGGUCUCCCCUUUCCCUUCCUGGCCCUCCUUUUAAUCCCCGACUCCCCUUCCCCUCCCCUUGACUGAAGCUCAGCGGAGACCCUCGGAGUGCGCAGACACACUCAGCUUGACACUCACCCUGGACGACAGGUUUUAAGGGGAGUGGCAGGAGGUUUUGGACUCGAUGAGUUUCCAUCGAAAUGUCGGAGAAGUCAGGCCAGAGCACAAAAGCAAAGGAUGGGAAAAAGUAUGCAACACUCAGUUUAUUUAAUACUUACAAGGGUAAAUCAUUAGAAACUCAGAAAACUACAGUUGCAGCUCGACAUGGACUACAAAGUCUUGGAAAAGUUGGUAUUUCACGGCGUAUGCCUCCACCAGCUAACCUCCCAAGUCUCAAAGCAGAAAACAAAGGCAAUGAUCCUAAUGUGAACAUUGUACCUAAAGAUGGCACAGGAUGGGCAUCAAAACAAGAACAACAUGAAGAAGAAAAAACACCAGAAGUGCCACCAGCACAGCCAAAACCUGGGGUUGCAGCUUCCCCAGAAGUAGCACCUGCUCCCAAAUCAUGGGCCAGUAACAAGCAAGGUGGGCAAGGUGAUGGAAUCCAGGUGAAUAGCCAUUUUCAGCAAGAAUUUCCCAGCCUGCAGGCAGCUGGAGAUCAGGAAAAAAAAGAAAAAGAAGCAAAUGAUGACAACUAUGGACCUGGACCCAGUUUACGCCCGCCAAAUGUUGCUUGUUGGAGAGAUGGUGGUAAGUCUGCUGGCUCACCUCCAUCUGAUCAAGAUGAAAAGCUCCCUGGCCAGGAUGACAACACAGCUGGAACAUCAGAACAAAAUGAUAUCCUCAAAGUGGUGGAAAAGAGGAUAGCUUGUGGUCCACCACAGGCUAAACUGAAUGGACAGCAACCUGCUCUCGCUUCCCAAUAUAGAGCUAUGAUGCCUCCUUAUAUGUUUCAACAGUAUCCUAGAAUGGCAUAUCCUCCUCUGCAUGGUCCCAUGAGGUUCCCACCUUCUCUAUCUGAAACAAACAAAGGCCCUCGAGGAAGAGGCCCACCUCCUUCAUGGGCUUCUGAGCCUGAACGCCCCUCCAUCCUUAGUGCAUCAGAACUGAAGGAGCUUGAUAAAUUUGAUAACUUAGAUGCUGAAGCUGAUGAAGGGUGGGCAGGUGCUCAGAUGGAAGUGGAUUAUACAGAACAACUAAAUUUCAGUGAUGAUGAUGAACAAGGAAGUAGUAGUCCUAAAGAGAAUACCAGUGAGGAUCAAGUUUCAAAAGCCUCUGAAAACUCUGAAAACCGAAAAGAAGCAGAUGAAGUUUGCAGCACUAAAUCAUCUUCUCAGAUACCUGCCCAGCCAUCAGUAGUAAAAGGUCCUUAUGGGAAAGGACCUCCAUUUAAUCAGGAGCGUGGACCAUCUUCACACCUGCCACCACCUCCAAAGUUGCUUGCACAGCAGCAUCCACCUCCAGAACGACAGGCAGUAUCUGGAAGACCAGGCCCUUUCCCCUCCAAGCAGCAAGUACCUGAUGAAGAUGAAAUCUGGAAGCAAAGACGAAGACAACAAUCAGAAGUUUCUGCAGCAGUGGAACGUGCUCGUAAACGACGUGAAGAAGAAGAACGAAGAAUGGAAGAACAAAGAAAGGCAGCAUGUGCAGAGAAACUGAAACGAUUGGAUGAGAAGUUUGGCAUUGUGGAAAAACAGCCAUCUCCAGAGGAAAUUAGAGAAAGGGAACGUGAAAAAGAGCGAGAACGUGAGAAAGAACUUGAGAAAGAGCAAGAACGGGAGAGAGAAAAGGAAAGGGAGAAAGAGAAAGAAAGACAACAGGAAAAGGAGAAAGAGCUGGAGAGGGAGCAGGAAAAACAGAGACUAAUGGAGAAGGAAAGAAAGCAAGAAAAAGAGAAAGAACUAGAACAGCAGCAGGAAAAGGAAGAAGAACUACAAAAGACAAGAGAACAGAAGGAAAGUGAGCUAGAGCAGGAAAGGGAGAAAGUGGAGGAAAAUGAGCCCAAAGAACCUAUUUCAGAGCCUAUGGUAGAAAAACAAGAAAGUGAAAACAAUUCUAAUAAAGAGGAGGAGCCUGUUUUCACUAGACAAGAUAAUAAUCGCAGUGAAAAAGAGUCAACACAAGUGUCUCCUGAAACAGAACCAGAAUCAGGAUCUCAACCACGGCCUGCUGUGUUAUCUGGCUAUUUCAAACAGUUUCAGAAGUCUUUACCACCCCGAUUUCAGCGGCAGCAGGAACAGAUGAAACAGCAGCAGUGGCAGCAGCAGCAGCAGCAAGGUGUACUUCCACAAACUGUUCCUUCACAACCAUCCAGUGGUGCUGUCCCACCUCCACCACACAGACCUCUUUACCAGCCUAUGCAGCCCCACCCUCAGCAUUUGGCUUCAAUGGGGUUUGAUCCAAGGUGGCUCAUGAUGCAGUCGUAUAUGGAUCCUCGAAUGAUGUCAGGAAGACCUACAAUGGAUAUUCCACCCAUUCAUCCUGGAAUGAUUCCUCCUAAACCAUUAAUGAGAAGAGACCAGAUGGAAGGAUCACCAAACAGUUCUGAGUCAUUUGAACAUAUAGCUCGAUCUGCGAGAGACCAUGCACUUUCCCUCUCUGAGCCUCGUAUAAUGUGGGGGUCAGAUCCCUAUCCUCAUACUGAGCCUCAGCAAGCAACUACUUCCAAGGCGGCAGAAGAACCUGAGGAUGUAAGGUCUGAAGCCCCAUUGGAUCAGGAACAGAUUACUGCUACUUAUCCCUUAGAAAAUAGUCAAUUAGAGGUUCAUCCAAAAGCAGAUUUUCUCAGAGAAUCAAGUGAAACGGAAGUACAAAAGUUUCUUAGCAGAUCUGUGGAGGACAGUAGACUUCAUCAUACUGAAACAAAUAAUCAGUCUACUUGUUUUGAAAUACUUGAUCAAAAGACUGUAUCCAGUCCUCAGGAAGAGCGGAUUUCAGCUGGAGAAAUCCAGCCUAUCCGGAAAAGAAGCAUUUCCCAUGGAUCUAACCAUACUCAAAAGUCUGAGGAGCAAAGAAAUGAGCCGUUAGCAAGCAUUCCUAAAGUAACUAGCAGAUACAUUGAUUCAAAAGAACCAACAGAAAGGUCAGAGGAAAAAACGAAAAAGGAUGGCUUCAUACGAUCUUCUGAAGGACCCAAACCUGAAAAACUGUAUAAAUCGAAAUCUGAAACUCGUUGGGGCCCAAGGCCAAGCUCCAAUAGAAGGGAAGAAAGCAAUGAUAGGCCUGUGAGAAGAUCAGGUCCUAUUAAAAAACCUAUACUUAGAGAUAUGAAAGAGGAACGGGAGCAGAGGAAGGAGAAAGAAGGAGAAAAGGGAGAAAAAGUUAGUGAGAAAAUUGUGAAACCCGAAAAGAUGGAAAAGAAGGAUUCUCUUCCUCCACCCCCUCCACCUCCAGCACCGAGUCAACCACAGUCAGUUCUACCACCACCUCAACCAGAACUGGAGAAAGUUCCUUCAAUAGAAAAUUCAACUUUGGCCCAAAAGCCAUCUCAGGAUACUGAGAAGCCCUUAGAACCUCUGAAAAGCAUUCAGGUAGAGCCUGCAGUUAAAACUGUAAACCAACAAACAGUCUCAGCACCAGUAGUCAAAGAAGAGAAACAACCUGAGAAAGUCAUCAGCAAAGACCUUGUUAUAGAGAGGCCUCGACCAGAUUCAAGACCAGCAGUUAAAAAAGAAUCAACUUUACCUCCUAGGACCUAUUGGAAAGAAGCUCGAGAUAGAGAUUGGUUUCCAGAUCAAGGAUACAGAGGUCGGGGCCGAGGAGAAUAUUACUCCAGAGGUCGAAGCUAUAGGGGCUCUUAUGGAGGACGUGGCCGGGGUGGUAGAGGACACACUCGAGAUUAUCCCCAAUAUAGAGACACUAAGCCAAGAACAGAGCAUGUGCCCUCAGGGCCUCUCAGGCAACGAGAGGAAAGUGAAACACGAAGUGAGAGCUCUGAUUUUGAGGUUGUUCCCAAAAGAAGAAGACAGCGUGGUUCAGAAACUGACACAGACAGUGAGAUUCAUGAAAGUGCAAGUGACAAGGAUAGUCUAAGCAAAGGUAAACUUCCCAAAAGAGAGGAACGGUCUGAAAAUAAAAAGCCUAUAAAGCCCCAGUCUUCUUUCAAGCCUGAUAAUCAUGUCCGAAUAGAUAAUAGACCGCUAGAAAAGCCUUAUGUGAGGGAUGAUGAUAAAUCUAAACCAGGCUUCCUUCCUAAAGGAGAGCCUACAAGGCGAGGCAGAGGAGGAACAUUCAGGCGUGGUGGAAGGGAUCCUGGAGGUCGUCCAUCACGCCCUUCCACCUUACGAAGGCCUGCUUAUCGGGACAAUCAGUGGAACCCAAGGCAGGCAGAAGCUCCUAAACCAGAAGAUGGAGAGCCGCCAAGAAGACACGAGCAGUUUAUUCCUGUACCGGCAGAUAAACGACCUCCAAAAUUUGAGCGAAAAUUUGACCCAGCUAGAGAGCGGCCCCGAAGGCAACGCCCUACCCGACCACCAAGGCAAGAUAAGCCUCCCCGAUUUAGACGACUAAGAGAGAGAGAGGCUGCCUCAAAAACAAAUGAAGUAACAGUGCCCACAAAUGGCACAGUUAAUAAUGUGGUUCAAGAACCAAUUAAUACGACUGGGGAUAUUUCUGGGAAUAAGACUCCAGAUUUAUCUAAUCAGAACUCCUCAGAUCAGGCAAAUGAAGAAUGGGAAACAGCUUCUGAAAGCAGUGAUUUCAAUGAGAGGCGUGAGAGAGAUGAAAAAAAAAAUGCUGAUUUGAAUGCACAAGCAGCUGUAAAGACUGGAGAGAAUGUUUUACCUCCAAAGAGGGAAAUAGCCAAGAGAAGUUUUUCCAGUCAGAGACCAGGAGUGGACCGUCAGAAUCGGCGCAGCAACAAUGGUCCACCCAAAUCAGGAAGAAAUUUCUCAGGUCCUAGGAAUGAAAGGAGAAGUGGCCCACCAUCAAAAAGUGGGAAGAGAGGGCCAUUUGAUGACCAGUGUGCUGGCACAACUGGUGUUGACCCCACCAAUGGCAGCUCUGCACACCACCAAGAAGGAGUACCUAAUGGUACAGGACAAAAGAAUUCCAAAGAUGUUACUGGGAAAAAAAGAGAGGACCCCAAACCAGGUCCUAAAAAGCCCAAAGAAAAAGUAGAUGCUCUUUCACAGUUUGAUCUCAACAAUUAUGCAAGUGUUGUUAUAAUUGAUGACCAUCCUGAAGUAACAGUACUGGAAGAUCCCCAGUCAAAUUUGAAUGAUGAUGGUUUUACUGAAGUAGUAUCCAAAAAACAACAAAAACGUUUACAGGAUGAAGAACGCCGAAAGAAAGAAGAACAAAUCAUACAGGUCUGGAACAAAAAGAAUGCAAAUGAAAAAGGAAGAAGUCAGACUUCUAAGCUUCCUCCAAGAUUUGCUAAAAAGCAGGCUGCGGGAUCCCAGCAAACACAAUCUCCAGCCUCAGCUCCAGCUCUGGCCUCAGCUCCAAUUCCAGCCUCAACCUCAGCUCCAGUUCCAGCUUCAAUCUCAACUCCAGUUACAGCCUCAACCUCACCUGCAGUUCUAGCAUCAACAUCAGCUCCGGUUCCAGCAUCAACAUCAGUGCCUGUCCUAGCCUUAUCCACAGUUCUAGUUCCAACCUCAACCUCAGUUCCAGCCUCCACCUCUGCUCCAGCCACAUCUUCUUCCUCAGCUCCAGCUACAGUCGCAACCCCAACCCCUGCCCCAACCCCCAUCCUUGCUUCAGCCUCGGCCUCGGCUCCCAUCCUUGCCUCAGCCCCAGUCUCAAUUCCUAUCCUUGCUUCAGCCCUAGCACCAGCUUCAACUCCAACUCCAGCACCAGCAGUCUCAGCCCCAACUGUCCUAGCAGUCCCAUCCCCAUCUACCCCAGCCUCAGCCCCAACUACCCCAGUGCCACUUGCCCCAGCCCCAACUGCUCCAGCCCAUUCUCAGGCACAGACUCACAAACCAGUCCAAAGUCCACUACAGAGUACAACACAGACUUCAAAACAGCCACCACCUUCAAUUAGGCUGCCUUCAGCUCAAACACCUAGUGGCACCGAUUUUGUAGCCACAGGAAAAUCCAUCCAGAACUCACAGUCACAUGGCACCCUUACAGCUGAAUUGUGGGAUAAUAAAGUGACCUCACCAGCUGUGCUGAAUGACAUCUCUAAGAAAUUGGGUCCCAUUAGCCCACCACAGCCGCCAUCAGUCAGUGCAUGGAAUAAGCCCCUAACAUCGUUUGGAUCAGCUACUUCAUCAGAGGGAGCAAAAAGUGGUCAAGAAAGUGGAGUUGAAAUUGGAAUUGAUACAAUUCAGUUUGGUGCUCCAGCUUCAAAUGGAAAUGAAAAUGAAGUUGUUCCUGUGCUUUCGGAAAAAUCUACUGACAAAAUACCUGAACCCAAAGAACAGCGGCAGAAGCAGCCACGGGCAGGGCCUAUCAAAGCCCAGAAGCUUCCAGAUUUGAGUCCAGUAGAAAGCAAAGAACAUAAACCUGGUCCCAUUGGAAAGGAACGUUCAUUAAAAAAUAGAAAAGUAAAAGAUGCCCAACAAGUGGAGACAGAAGGACAAGAGAAGCCAAGCUCUGCUACAGUCAGAAGCACAGAUCCUGUCACAACCAAGGAAACCAAAGUGGUCUCAGAAAUGUCUACUGAAAUAGGAACAAUGAUCACAGUAUCAUCUACGGAAUUUGGCACUAAUGCAAAGGAAUCUGUUACAGAUUAUACUACCCCUUCUUCUUCUCUGCCUAACACUGUGGCUACUAGUAAUACAAAGAUGGAAGACACUUUAGUUAAUAAUGUGCCCUUGCCCAAUACCCUUCCCCUCCCUAAGAGGGAGACUAUACAACAGAGCUCCAGCCUAACUUCAGUUCCUCCCACUACUUUCAGCCUCACCUUUAAGAUGGAGUCUGCACGCAAGGCAUGGGAGAAUUCUCCAACUUUAAGGGAAAAGGGAUCUCCAGUAACUUCCACAGCACCUCCACUUGCAAGUGGAGUCAGCAAUAGUGGUGGUGGACCAAGCCCUGCUAAUUACAGUUCAUUCUCAAGCGCAUCAGUGCCUCAGAUUCCUGUUGCUUCAGUCACUCCUACAACAUCACUAACAGGAGCUGGCACAUAUACUACUUCUUCUUUGAGUACAAAAUCUACAACAACAUCGGAUCCUCCUAACAUUUGUAAAGUGAAACCCCAACAGUUACAGACAAACAGCCUGCCUUCUGCAAGUCAUUUUUCACAGUUAAGCUGUAUGCCUUCCCUUAUUGCCCAACAGCAACAGAGUCCACAAGUCUACGUGUCUCAGUCUGCAGCAGCUCAAAUCCCAGCUUUCUAUAUGGACACAAGUCAUUUAUUCAGUACUCAACAUGCACGGCUGGCUCCACCAUCCUUGGCUCAGCAACAAGGCUUCCAACCGGGUCUUUCUCAGCCAACUUCAGUUCAGCAGAUUCCAAUCCCUAUUUAUGCACCACUGCAAAGUCAGCAUCAACCUCAGCUGAGCUUGGGGGCUGGACCUGCUGUUUCCCAAGCUCAGGAAUUAUUCAGUUCUUCACUGCAACCAUACAGAUCUCAACCAGCCUUUAUGCAGAGCAGUCUUUCCCAGCCAUCUGUAGUCCUUUCUGGCACUGCCAUACACAACUUUCCAGCUGUCCAACACCAGGAACUCGCCAAGGCACAGUCAGGUCUUGCCUUUCAACAAUCUUCAAAUACUCAGCCAAUUCCUAUCUUGUACGAGCAUCAGCUGGGUCAGGCAUCAGGCCUAGGAAGUUCUCAACUAAUUGACACUCAUCUUCUCCAGGCUAGAGCAAAUCUCACCCAGGCUUCAAAUCUUUAUUCUGGACAAGUACAACAGCCUGGUCAGACAAAUUUUUACAACACUGCCCAGUCACCAAGUGCUCUCCAGCAGGUAAACUAUGGCAUGGUGACAGUACCUUUGCCAGCAUCCCAGCUUUCCUUGCCUAAUUUUGGGUCUACAGGGCAACCUCUAAUUGCUUUGCCUCAGACUCUUCAACCCCCGUUACAGCAUACCACUCCACAGGCACAGGCCCAGAGCCUGAGUCGUUCUGCACAAGUAAGCCAGCCUUUCAGAGGAUUAAUCCCUGCUGGAACCCAGCAUAGCAUGAUUGCAACCACAGGAAAAAUGUCUGAAAUGGAACUAAAAGCCUUUGGAAGUGGCAUUGAUAUAAAACCAGGCACACCUCCAAUCAGUGGUAGAAGCACCACGCCAACAUCUAGUCCCUUCCGGGCUUCUUCCACAAGUCCGAACAGCCAGUCCAGCAAAAUGAACAGCAUUGUCUAUCAGAAGCAAUUCCAGUCAGCCCCUGCCACUGUGAGAAUGACACAACCAUUUCCUACACAGUUUGCACCUCAGAUUCUCUCUCAGCCUAACCUGGUCCCUCCAUUGGUAAGAGCCCCACAUACUAACACCUUCCCAGCACCUGUUCAGAGGCCACCAAUGGCACUGGCCAGUCAGAUGCCUCCUCCGCUGACCACAGGCCUCAUGAGCCAUGCUCGUUUGCCACAUGUAGCCAGGGGUCCUUGUGGAUCACUAUCUGGAGUCAGAGGUAAUCAGGCCCAGGCUGCGUUGAAGGCCGAACAAGACAUGAAGGCAAAGCAGAGAGCAGAGGUUCUUCAGUCCACGCAACGGUUCUUCUCUGAACAGCAACAGAGCAAACAGAUAGGAGGCAAAGCCCAGAAAGUGGACAGUGAUUCAAGUAAACCUCCUGAAACGCUGACUGACCCUCCUGGUGUCUGUCAGGAAAAAGUAGAAGAAAAGCCACCCCCUGCAUCCACCAUAGCCACGAAACCUGUUAGAACUGGACCAAUCAAACCUCAGGCGAUCAAAACCGAAGAAACAAAAUCUUAAAAGGCUAUGGUUUAUUGCCGGGUUUGGGGGAUGGGGGGAGGGAGGGGAAAGGGAGAAUGAAGUCAGAUAUUGCCAGCAGCCAAAGGGGUAAAAUGGUCUGUGACAUUAUUCUGUCCAGAGUUUGGAGGUGCACAAGGGACAUAGGAGCAAUUUAUACUGACACACAGCUGCUACACCAGUAAAAGUGAGGCUUUGCAAGCUUGCACCUACUGUAUAACACAUGCUCUGUUGAUGGCCACACAUCUUCAGUCAGAUAUAUACAGGUAUGGGCACACAUUCCUUGAGUGCAUAUAAUUUAGAACUAAAAUCCUUAUGGUUAGAUGAAAACACCAGAAUAUGAGAAAAAUAACCACAAAGGAAUAGCUCAGCCUGAUCAGUGAAGUAGUCCCAGCUAAGACAUCAGAUGUGGUUUCUUUGCUCUCUUAUGUUCUUUGGAUAUGGUUAUAGUGUUUGUAGGCUUGGUGGUGAAGAACUGAAGAUAACUGGUGCUGGAUAGAGGAGCCUUAUUUUUUAUUAUGGCAGCUUGCUAUUUUUGUAACAUGGUGAUUGAGUUGAACACAAUCAAAGUACAAUGACUGAUCUCCCCUUCUUCCUGGAUGAGUGAGCAGAUGAUUAAAUAUUGAUGUCAGCAUCCUUGAAUAUCUCCAAAUGGGCAGUGUUUGGCUACUGCUUCUGUUUGAAAUGAUGCUGUGUUUUGGUUGUGGCCCGAAGCUUUGGGAAUUGCUACUUGGCCUCUCCUUUCUUCAACGGAGCGCUCAGCAUUCGAACAUGACAAAUAUGGCAAAAUACUAGUUAGGUUGAGUCCUGCUUGCCUUCGCUCCAUCAUCUUUGUAUGAAUCACAUAUUUCCUUUUUUGUUUGUUUUUUUAAAACGGUUUUUAGCUGAUGUUCAUGAAGAGCAACGUCCUUAGAACUGUGCCGCUAAUUAAAGAAAAUCCUAUCUAAGAAGGUGCAUUUCUUCACCAGAGCUGUGUCACACCAACCUUUGGGCCCUCUGCUGGAAAAGUAGAAUCAAGUCUCAAAUAAUGCCUUUUUAAUUAUAUCCUUUAGUAUUAUAGAUGUAGGACAAUACUGUAUCAUACCUCUGUGAAUGUAAAAUAUCUUGUACCUGCUUUAUGAUAGGUAGUAGUGACUGUGCUGUAUCAGACCUGUUUUUAAUGAUGUUAUUCUAGAAUGUUUUCUUUCCCGAUGAUGAUUGAGAAGCUAAUAAAAAAUGGGUGCCAGGUACCAUAACAGUAACAGAACUUACUGUUUUCUGGGAUUUUUAUUUUUUACUUUUUUUGUUUCUUUUUU